AUGGCUGCCUCGAGCCUCGCCUCGUGCCCCACAGCUCCACUGGCCUUGGCUGCUCUUCUCUUCCCCGCACUGAGUUCCUCCACCUCUGCCCCCCCCAUCCCCGCCUCCUCGGGCCCGCCCCUUGACCGCAGGCGCUUUGUUUGCCCGGACCGCCCCGCCGACAGCUCGCCCCGCCCUGCCCGUGCUAUGGCGAUGCCCCCCCGCGCUGCCGCCCUCGCGGUCGCCCUCGUGGCCGCCGCCGCCUGCGGCGGCGCGUUCGUGCAGCCGGGCCGCGUGCGCGCGGGCCCCGCCCACGGCGCCCUGCGUGCGCAGCUGCAGCAGCAGGUGCCCGCCCCGGAGACGGGCGCGGGCGGAGAGGGCGCGGCCCCCGUGCUGGCCGGCUUCGCGCUCGGGCUGGUGGCCGCGCUCGCGGGGGCCCAGGUGGCAUGGGCCGGCGCCGGCGCCAGCAGCCCAGACUACCUUGAGGAGCAGGGGAUCGACGCCCCGCUCAAAGUCGACUUCGUGCAGCGGGAUCGGCUUCGCCCCGGCAAGGUCGGGCAGAUCAGCUUCGUGGCCAGGUCCCGCAUGGAGCACCAGGAUCAGCAGCAGGCCAGGAGGACGCUGGCGAGCUUUGACGCGAAGAUCAAGGCGGCGCCGGACAGGGCCCAGCGCGCGGACAAGACAAUGGAGGGGCUGCGGAAGAUUGCCCGGGAGCACGGGUCAUGGAUGCUGGACACUGAGCUGGCCAAGUGA